AUGGCCGUCCAUACGGCCGCCAAGGCCAUCAACACACAGGAUAUCACGGACAAGGCCCGGAGAGACCUCCUGCUGCUGCUGGAAAGCGUUCGAGGCAAGAAGAACCUCGUCAUCGAGCGAUCCCUCGCAGGCACCAUUGGUCUCUUUGUCAAGUUCAGCACCCUACAAGAAUACGGCGUCGACAAGAUUUUCUUCCUGGAAAAUCACAAUGUCGACAGCAGCCAACGCAAUGUCGUCUUCCUCGUUCGCGGCGAGAAGGCCAGGACCAUUCGAACGGUAGCCGCAGAGCAAAUCAAGCUCGUCCGAACCGAGAGCAAUGUCGACCACGAUUUCAGCCUCAUCUUGACACCUCGGCGGACACUAGUCAGCAACAUGGUCCUCGAGGAAGCUGGCGUUCUCGGCGAGGUGAACAUUUUAGAGUUCCCUCUCCACUUUACUCCACUCGAGCAAGAUGUCCUGUCCCUUGAGCUUGACGACUCGUUCAGCGAUCUGUACCUACGAAAAGACCCCACGUCAGUCUUCACGUCCGCGAAUGCCUUGAUGCUGCUUCAGAAGCAGUACGGUCUGUUUCCAAGAAUCCUGGGCAAAGGCGACAAUGCAAAGCGAUUGGCCGAUCUACUUCGGCGUAUGCGCAGUGAAGAGGACGUCAAUGCAUCUUCCGAUCCCAACGCUUCGUACCUCGCCUCGUUCGGCAUGACGCCCAGCUCGUUGAUCGAGAAUUUGGUCAUCGUGGACAGAGAAGUCGACUUCCUUACCGUCCUCUCUACCCAACUUACUUAUGAGGGUCUGAUUGAUGAGAACUUCGGCAUCAGCAGCAAUCAAGCGGAGGUCGACUCGACUGUAUUGAGUGGAACAGCAGCGCCUCAAACGCAAGGUGGUGUAGCACAGUCUGCUACCACCGCAACGAAACGCAAGGUGCAGCUGGACAGCAAGGACAAGAUGUACCCGUCUUUGCGCGACGUCAAUUUCUCCAUCAUUGGACCUACGCUCAGUCAGAAUGCACAGAGAUUGCAGUCAGACCAGGAGAAUAUGCAGACCAACCAGCAAUCUAUUGCAGACCUCCGCCAAGUGGUGUCGAGACUGCCCACAUAUCAAGCGGAGAAGGAAAGCCUGCUGGUCCAUACGAAUCUCGCAGAAGAGAUUCUGAAACUCACGCGGAACGACACCUUCUCCUCAAUGCUAGAGGUCCAGCAAAACCUAUUAGCCGGUAGCGACGGGAGCAGCCUGCACGAUAACAUUGAAGAACUGAUUGCGCGAGACGCUCCGCUCCAGACGGUUUUGAGACUGUUAUGUCUCGAAAGCUGUCUCAGCAACGGCCUUCGACUCCGCGAGCUGGACAGCUUCAAACGCCAGAUUCUCAAUGCCUAUGGCUUCCAACACAUGAUCACCCUGUCCAAUCUGGAAACCAUGGGCCUCCUCGUACCCCGAGAAAGUCAUCGCGGCUACCUCAACCCCAUCUCCGGCUCUGCAGGCCAAACAGCCACCGACUGGAACACCGUGCGAAAGAACCUCAUUCUCUGGACCGACGAAGCGAAAGAAGCCGAGCCAGAUGACAUCGCCUACGUUUUCAGCGGCUAUGCUCCACUCAGCAUUCGCUUGCUGCAAUGCAUCUUCCAGAAAGCGCAGUUGUACGGCUUGGCAAACCCAGGGAAGUCAAAUGCCGCUCCGACAGGAACAGGCUGGAAGGGCUUCGAAGACACACUGGCGCGGAUCCGGGGCGCGACAGUCGAUGUGUCGCAGAAGGGCAGUGAUGCCGAUGCUUCGAAUGCGCGGAAAACGCUGAGAGGCAACAAGGAAGGCCCGAAAGUGAACAUCGUCUUCUUCCUAGGAGGAGUGACGUAUGCGGAGAUUGCGGCGGUGAGGUUCGUGAGCAAACAAUUGGAGGAGAGUAGUGGCAGGAAAUUGGUGAUUGCCACUACGGGUAUCGUGAAUGGGAAGAAGGCUAUGGGUGUGGCUACGGAGAAGAAGCGGUUUGGCGAGUGA